AUGAAACGGCACGCAGGGCUUUCGGAGCGGAGCCAGGAACGGUUGUGUUCCCUUUCAGGCCUAGCUUGGGUAGUAGGCGACGCUGAAGAACUGCCCUUCGAUGAUGACAAGUUCGAUGUUUACACCAUCGCCUUUGGAAUCCGGAACGUCACCCACAUGGACCGGGCACUGGAGGAAGCCUAUCGGGUCUUGAGACCAGGAGGAAGGUUCCUUUGCCUGGAGUUUAGCCAAGUCACCAACCCCUCGUUGCCCAGGCUCUACGACCUAUAUAGCUUCCAGGUCAUUCCAGUUCUGGGGGAAGUCAUUGCCGGGGACUGGAAGUCCUAUCAGUACCUCGUGGAGAGCAUCCGGCGUUUCCCGGCUCAGGUAAGAAGAGUUCAAGGAGUGAUCGAAGAUGCCGGUUUUCGGAAGGUGACGUACCGGAGCCUCACGUCCGGCAUCGUGGCCAUUCACUCGGGCUUCAAACUGUGAU